GGCUGUUUUGCUGGAAUCUUUAGCAGGCUUGGAGACUCAGAAUGAGGGAGUGUCUGUCCAUCCACAUUGGCCAAGCUGGCGUUCAGAUGGGCAAUGCCUGCUGGGAGCUGUACUGCCUGGAGCAUGGCAUCCAGUCCGACGGCACCAUCCCCGGCAGCCACGCCUCUCAGAAGAUUUUACCCGAGGCCGAGCAAGUGGAUUCCUCCUUUGAGACGUUCUUCUGUGAGACGGCCUCAGGGAAACACGUGCCCAGAGCGGUGUUCAUAGACCUGGAGCCAACCGUCAUCGAUGAGAUCCGUACAGGGUCGUAUCACUCCCUCUUUCACCCUGAGCAGCUCAUCAGCGGCAAAGAAGACGCGGCCAAUAAUUACGCCCGGGGCCACUACACCAUCGGGAAGGAAAUUAUCGAUACCGUCCUCGGCAGGAUACGCAAAAUGGCUGACCAAUGCAGCGGCCUGCAAGGUUUCUUGGUCUUCCACAGUUUUGGUGGAGGCACCGGCUCCGGCUUCACUUCUCUGCUGAUGGAGCGCCUCUCCGUGGAGUACAGCAAGAAGUCCAAACUGGAGUUCUCUGUCUACCCCGCUCCUCAAGUCUCCACAGCAGUGGUGGAGCCCUACAACUCCAUCUUGACCACCCACACCACACUGGAGCACUCGGACUGCUCCUUCAUGGUGGACAACGAGGCCAUCUACGACAUCUGCAACCGGAACCUGGACAUCGAGCGCCCGACCUACACCAACCUCAACCGGCUGAUCGGCCAGAUUGUGUCUUCGGUGACGGCCUCCUUGAGGUUCAACGGAGCCCUGAACGUCGACCUGAUAGAAUUCCAGACCAACCUGGUGCCUUAUCCCAGGAUCCACUUCCCGCUGACCACCUACGCCCCCAUCAUCUCUGCCGAAAAGGCCUACCACGAGCAACUCUCGGUGCCGGAGAUCACCAACGCCUGCUUCGAGUUCUCCAACCAGAUGGUGAAAUGUGACCCUCGGCGGGGGAAGUACAUGGCGUGUUGCCUCCUCUACCGAGGGGACGUGGUGCCCAAAGACGUCAACGCGGCGAUCGCGGCCAUUAAGACCCGGCGGUCCAUCCAGUUUGUGGACUGGUGCCCGACCGGCUUCAAGGUGGGCAUCAACUACCAGCCCCCCACGGUGGUGCCCGGAGGGGACCUGGCCAAAGUGCAGCGGGCCGUCUGCAUGCUGAGCAACACGACGGCCAUCGCGGAGGCCUGGGCCCGGCUGGAUCACAAGUUUGACCUGAUGUACGCCAAGCGGGCCUUUGUGCACUGGUACGUGGGGGAGGGCAUGGAGGAAGGGGAGUUCUCCGAAGCCCGGGAGGACAUGGCUGCUCUGGAGAAGGAUUACGAAGAAGUGGGGAGGGAUUCCGCGGACGGGGAGGAGGAUGAAGAGGAAUAUUAGACCUCGGGAGCGUUCCAGAUAUGCAUGUAAAGCAGACUUCAGCGGAGACUAACCUUGCAGACUUACGUGGAAACUAACCCCCCCGUCCUGUUUUUGACAUCUUUAAAGCGGGGAUUCUAACCUCA